UUGAGGUUUUGUUAGGAGAGGAUCAUCAGUUCAGUCAGGUAAUUUUAACGGUGGAAGGUGAGGCAGCUGCUAAAAAGACAUAAUCAUGGUGUCAACUGAGGAUCUAACUAAGAAUUUAUUUGAGGUUAUCCUGUCCCAUCUGGCCUUAACCUGUGUUUUACUUCUGGCCAUAUACGCUGCAAUCCGCUGGUACAUCAGAGAUUCCUACAAAGUUGAUGGAUUCAAUCAGAAACAUGUGUUCAUCACGGGCUGUGAUAGCGGCUUUGGAAAUCUUCUGGCCAGACAGCUGGAUGGAAAAGGUUUCCACGUCAUAGCGGGGUGUCUCACAGAGAAAGGUGCAACAGAUCUGUCAGCAGCAGCCUCCCCCAGACUGAAGACCCUCCUGCUGAAUGUUACAGACAGCGCGAGCAUCAGGAGUGCGGUGGAGUUUGUGAGCAGAGAGGUCGGGAAGAGAGGUCUGUGGGGGCUGGUGAACAACGCUGGAAGGUCAAUACCUAUCGGCCCAACAGAAUGGAUGGAGUUAGGGGAUUUCACAAAGGUCUUAGACGUAAAUCUGAUAGGAGUCAUUGACGUGACCCUGCAGUUUCUGCCUCUUGUGAAGAAAGCCCAGGGUAGAGUUGUUAAUGUAGCCAGUAUUCUGGGAAGACUCUCCCUCAUUGGUGGAGGAUACUGUCUGUCCAAAUGGGGAGUGGAAGCAUUUUCAGACAGUCUCAGGAGGGACAUGCAGCAUUUUGGUAUCAAAGUGAGCAUCAUUGAGCCUGGUUUCUUUAAGACAGCUGUGACCCGUGUGGAUCUUAUUAAUGCUGACCUGAAAAGGCUAUGGACCCGCCUCCCUGAAGAAGUUAAAGACUCAUAUGGAUCUACAUACUUUGAUGACUAUGUGAAAACACAGAACUUCUCCAUGGGCAUCCUGUGCAGUCCUGAUAUCUCCAAAGUGACCAAAUGCAUGGAGCAUGCACUAACAGCCCGCUUUCCCCGCACACGUUAUGGAGCAGGCUGGGACGCCAAGCUUUUCUGGAUCCCUCUGUCCUACUUCCCUACAUUUGUGACAGACUUUGUGAUCAAUGCGCUCCUUCCAUCACUUAAGGGUGCAGGAAAAAUCUGAACAUUCAAUAUGCAUGAAUUGUUUUCAGUAGUCUUUAAAUGUAAUUUUUUAUGAUAAUGAAGUAAUAAAACACGAAGACUGACUUACAAAAUAGGAAAUUUAUUCAUUCAUGUUUCAGCAGCGGCAAUUUAAAUCAUAUGAGUAUAUUCUGCAUGAUCACAGAUACAGUUUUUAUUUGUCCUCAUUAUCAUACAAAAUAAAUCGAUCUAUAAAAGAAUUAA